AUGGCAGUAAAAAGAUUUCCUGGAAGACAAAUUUUUCUAUGUGGUAUCACUCCAAGAGGAGAUGAGUUAGAUAGAAAAAUCCCUGACAUUAAUGAUGACAUUCAUGAAGAGAUCAAAGAUAUCCCCAAUGUUAGCCACGUAUAUAAUGGGAAUCUACGUAAUGGCAAACUGUACUUUGAUGUCAAACAUUUGAAUAGAAGAUUUGGUAUCUCCGCUUUGGCAAAGAACAUCAAGAAUGAGUUGCAUAAGAUUUUCGGGGGUAACAGAAAGGAAAACAACAGCACCCAACAAAAGAGUGUACCUAGCAAUCAAAACCAGGAGGGAAGUCACCACAGUAAUGCAGGUCAAGUUCAAAACUUCGAUAAGGAGUUGGAGAGGAGUCCGCAGGAAGAUACACAGAAUGCAGUAUUUCUACCAACGAUGACUGGCAUUCAGGAUGAACUUAAACAGGUAUCAAACUUAUUGAACCAGUUAAUUCAAAGCAACAUUAGUACGAACCAUCAGCGGAUUGUACUGGGAUUGCCAGUAAAUGUGACCGAAAACAGGUUUCAACUCACUUUAAUUAUCAAAAUAUAUGGAAAAUUACAAAAUAGUAGAUUUAGGUAA